CUGAAUUUUUUUGCCAAAUUCUCCUGUGAAUCAGUUAAAAGCUCUUUUCAGACACUACUAGUAUCUUUGCAUAAGUUAUCUAAAUAUAUCGACAUAUCUCAACUGCCGGAGAUUUUUGGUGGAACAUUCACUUAUGACGCGGAGAAAUGGUGCGAUGAACGAGAGAGGAUUGAAGCCGUAAUGGCUGAGCUGAAUAGCCUUUCACAGGACGUAAUUCAGGCAAACGGACGAUUUCAGGUCUCUCCGGAUGACCCAAUAAUUGCGGCAGCAAUCUGGGCCUCCUCUACCUCAAAAAAGAAGCUGCGAAGUUGUCGAACGAUGACAGCUGAAAAUGAAAGAGGAUGUUCGAAGAUGCUUGAAGAACACCGGCUGAGAAGGAGUAGAACAGGCUUUUGGAUUGGAUUGAAGGUCUGGUGA